AAAUUGUUCCUUUUUUUCUUUCUUUCCUGCAGAUUGUCUGGUUGUAUGGUGACAGAUGAAGGCUGUUCUUCUCUGGCUUCAGCUCUGAAAUCAAACCCCUCCCACCUGAGAGAACUGGAUCUGAGCUAUAAUCACCCAGGAGAGUCUGGAGUGAAGCUGCUCUCUGAUCUACUGGAGGAUCCACACUGCGCCCUGGAGAAACUACAGGUGAAUCAUGGAGGGAAGAUCAGGAUGAAACCGGGAGUGAAGAAAUAUGCUGUUGAUCUCACUCUGGAUCCAAACACAGUGAGCAGGCGUCUCUCUCUGUCUGAGAGGAACAGGAAGGUGGAGUGGGUGGAUGAAGAUCAGUCGUAUCCAGAUCAUCCAGACAGAUUUGAUCACCGUCCUCAGGUUCUGAGUGUGGAGAGUCUGACUGGACGCUGUUACUGGGAGGUUCAGAGGAGCAGAAGAGGAGCUGAUAUAUCAGUAUCAUACAGAGGAAUCAGGGGGAAAGGAUUCAGUGGUGACUCUGGGUUUGGAAACAAUAAUCAGUCCUGGAGUCUGCAGUGCUCUGAUAACAGUUACUCUGUCUGGCACAAUGGACAGGACACUGUCCUACCUGCCCCCCCCUCCCCCUUUAACAGAGUGGGAGUGUAUCUGGACUGGGGGUCCGGCACUCUGUCCUUCUACACCAUCUCACCUAACACACACACACUGACCCACCUACACACACUCUACACCACAUUCACUGAGCCGCUCUACGCUGGAUUCGGUGUUUAUCCUUAUUCCUCAGUGAGUCUGUGUGACACAGAAUAACCUCCACACAGAGUGUGUGUGAGACAGAGAGAGAGAGAGAGAGAGAUAAAGAGAGACAGAGAGAGAGGGAGAGAUAAAGAGAGAGGGAGAGAUAAAGAGAGACAGAGAGAGUGAGAGAGAGAGCGAGAGACAGAGAGAGAGAUACAGAGAUAAAGAGAGACAGAGCCACAUGUGAGACACAGCCUGGCCAUCGAGAGAGGCAGGUUUAAAAAGGCCUGGCUAGCGAGAGAGGAGAGAGUGUGUGGUCACUGCAGGACAGGUGAGGUAGAGACAGAGGUGCACUUCCUACUGAACUGCCCAAAAUAUGAUUCUAUUAGAAAUAAAUAUUUUAACCAAUUUGAAAAACAGAUAAAUAACUUCGGGACGCUGGGAGAUAAAGAUAAAUCAGUAAUUAUACUAGGAGAGGGUACAGCAGCGUCCACUGCAGCCAGAUAUGUAUACGAGUGCCAAACACUCCGGGACAGAGUGUGACCGUCACACCACAGCCUUUACUCACAGUUAUAUAUGUACUUAUGUAAUAUAGACG